CUAAUCAAAAUCAAUAUGGAUCUCAUCAUAAUCUUUGUCUGUACGCUGGGAAUUAUUUGCGCAUUUAUCACAAUACUGCUUAAUAUCAAUUUGGUUGUGAGAAUUGUUCUAAAUGCAUCCAGACGAAAAGUUGACAUGCAACUUUUCUACUAUCGUUUCACUCUGGACAUCUUUUUUGGAACUUGCUUACUUCUUUACAUUGUAUUCAUCCUCUUAUCAAUGGAAGCCCCCGAUUUCAUGCUCCAAUACCGCAGUCUCAUUGUCUAUUUGGCCCUCCCUUGGUCCAACGUUGCAGCUUGUAGAUCUAUAAUUGCCCUUACAAUUUCCUUCGAUAGAUUUAUCGCCGCCUACUUCCCAAUCUCAUAUCUUCAAAAACGAAGCAAAAUUCUGACUUGGCCAAUUUUCCUGAUAGCUAUUUUCUUUGGACUUUCCGAAGAGCUAACACUUUUUGGAUUCUGCUCAUAUGAUAUGGAAAUUCCGUCGACCUGCCGAGUAUUCGGGUGUGCAAUGAACAAGUGCUUUUAUAAUUUUUGGACAAUUCACAGAAGUGUCAUAUUUUCCUUGAUAGUGAUAUUUUCCAUUAUGCUGUCAAUAAGACUAUUCAUUUGGAACAUGGUGAAAAAUAAGAAAAAUAAGAAUAACCUUUCCAAGGCAAAUCGUCUAGCUCUACUUGACAUGUGUACGGUGCUCUUAUUCGAUUUUCUUCCAUCAUUUUGCGGCAAUAUGUGGCCCACGGCGCCAAUUUUUUCGUUUGAUCACGUCGGACCGUACAAUGCGGCGCUGAAAAUCACGGGAUGUGCUAUCGAAGCGUUGGUUGUAACACUGGUUUUGAUGUUCAGACAAACUAAAAAAUCAUCAAGUAUUCAGCCGGGAACGAUCGUGAAAAACUCGAAAAAUUCUAGACUUUGA